AGGCCAGGACGGCCCUCCACUCUCAGCUGAGCUUCUCUCUCCAGCAUCGGCCAUUUUGGAGCAAAGGGAGUGACAGUUGCCGCCUCGGUGAAGAUGGCUUUCAGUGGAACGUGGCAGGUGUACGCGCAGGAGAACUACGAGGAGUUCCUCAGGGCUAUCUCACUGCCGGAGGACGUCAUCAAGAUCGCCAAGGACGUGAAGCCCAUCACAGAGAUCCAACAGAACGGCAACGACUUCGUGGUCACCUCCAAGACCCCCAAGCAGUCCGUCACAAACUCCUUCACCAUCGGCAAGGAGGCAGACAUCACCACCAUGGACGGCAAGAAGCUAAAGUGCGUAGUCAAGAUGGAGGGGGGGAAGCUAAUCAGCCAGACAGACAAAUUCACCCAUAUCCAGGAGCUCAAGGGAGACGAGAUGGUUGAGUCACUCACCGUGGGCUCAACCACUCUCAUCAGGAAGAGCAAGAAGGUCUGACAUCAUGCACACAGCAGGGGGCGGGGCCUGGCUGCUGCCAGGGAGAUGGCAUUGGCUAUUUAAAUAAACCCUGUCAUUUGACUGACAGGAAAUAAUGA